AUGAAAGAUAUUGUUGUGGAGGCUGAAGAUAUAAUUCGUGUUGAUUUUAUUGAUAAAGGUGAACCGUGUGGUUCGGGAUCAGGUGCUUUAUCUUAUUUUUUAGGCCCACUUGUACGAGAACACGUACCUGUAACACUCGAGGAUUGGAGGAAACUUGGUGAUGACUUUAAAGUAGUGUCGUGGGAAUCAAUUCAGAGUGUCAGCACCAACUCAUCAAAUAAGUGCAAGUUACUAGAUUGGAGUGGAUCAGAGGACAUUGUUGUUGAAGGACGUUGGGUUUCAAGUGAUCCUCAAGAGUUUGUCAAUCAAAUUCCCUUAGGACCUAAUGCGAUGAAAGUCUUGGUUGAUAUUCCAAUUAAACCAGAUGCUUUUCUUUCGAGGCCUACAGCUAGUAUGUUCUGUUUUCAACAAGCUAAAGGUAGCAUGAUAGCAUGGCCUGCUGAGAAGGUUAUUUUGCAAAUGGAUCAACAGUCUGAAGAACAAGAUAAUUUAUCUAUGCAUUCGAAUCCGUACACCAAUUCAAGAAACAAGUGUAAAUUAUUUGAUUGGACUGGAAAAGAUGAGAUAGUUGCAGAAGGACGUUGGCAUUCAAGUGAUCCAAAAGCGAUGGUCAAUGAUGUUGUGGGAUCUGCUAUAGCAUGGCCUGCUAACAAAGUUGUUUUGGAAAAGAUGUCAGAAAGUCAAGAUGUUGGCAUUGCAUCCUCUCCUUUGAGUGCGAACACCAAAUCAAAUAAAAAGUGCAAGUUGUUAGAUGUUAGUGGAUCAAGACAAAUAGUUGUUGAAGGAUGUUGGUCCUCGAGCGAUCCAAAUCAGCUUAUUCAUUUUGUUCCAUUGGGUCCUAAUGUUGUGAAAGUUUGGAGCUCGUUGAAUCUGGACAUGGUUGUGUCAGUGGACGAACAAAGCUCUUCGAAUCAACAAGGAGAAGAUAACGGUGUGGUGGAAGGCUCCGUUACUUGCCCUGUUUGCGGUGUCAAACUCAGUCCCCAAAACAGCCUCAUCAAUUCUCAUCUAGAUGAGUGUCUAUCUAGAGGAACCAAACGGAAGCUUACCCAGCGUACUCUUCUAGAGUUGAACUUCUGUCCAGUGUCGAAAAUUCAAACUUGUUCCUAUGACUCUGAAGAGUUAGGAAAGGACCUAUUUCCUGCAGCUCAUGAUGAGAGCCCUGUACAAGAUGUGUCAUGGGGGUUGUCUAACUUACCAGCUGUUGAAGAAUGUCAAAAUCAGGUUGACAAUCUGUCCAGAAACCCAAUCAAUAAAGACGAGAUCAGUGAUGUGCCAGAUUUUGAUGUGACCAUCACUCAGGACGACAUAUAUGGGGUGACUCUUGAAACUUUUAUUGUUGGCCGCAGGUUUGGUGAUGAAACCGAGUUAUAUCUUGGUGCAAGCAUUCAUCUCUCAAGAGACCCUAAUAAUGUUAAGGAUCCCAAUGCUAUCAAGGUUUUUCAUUCAGAUUCAGGAUGCCUUAAAGUGCUUGGUUUUCUCCCUCGCAAGCUAGCUGAGUACUUGUCUCCUCUUAUAGACCAGUAUCGUCUAAAUUUUGAGGGAUGUGUGACCUCUGUUCCCAAGCAUUCUAUUGAUGUUGUCCCAAUACAGAUUGUUUGCCACAAGACCAGUGAUGCUAAUGACUUUAAUGAUGACAAUGUUUUCAAAUGUUUAUGGAGAAAUGCUCAGCAAGUAAUUGAAUCUACUAAGUCCUGUCCGCCUUGUGCAAUAAAAUAUCAGCAUAACUUUUGUGUUUUCAUACGUGAGGUUUUGAGAAACAGUUCUCAUCUAUUGACAGAUGAUGAAAAGAACUUCAUCGAGUCAUUUAUUUCAAUGUCAGAUGAUAGUCAGAGGCUAUUUGUUCGGCUUUAUACACGGAAAGGCCCAUGGUUUCGGCUCUCUACUAUUUCAUACCCAGAAGUAUUGGAUCCCCAAGAAGCAGUGAAAGAGCUAUCUGAGACAGGCUAUACAUAUUGCUUUAAUGUCACAAAUAAUCUAUCGGAUGAUGAUAUAAAGGAGAUUCUGGAUUUGCUCACUGUAUCUGAGCUGCGUGAAAUCUUGUGCAUUCUUAAGCAGAGUUGCAAUCGUGGCCUAAGAAAGCAGGAUCUCAUUGCAUGUCUUAUAUCUUACAAAGAAGACUUAUGGUAUUUAUAUUUUGUUAUGGUUUUGCAUAGAAUAGGAUCCUGUGUUAGAAUAUCUUCAAAUGCGGAGUCCCUUAUCUGGCGUGCCGAGAGACUUUUCUUCCUGAAUGGUGAACAGGAUCUGUCGGCAUUUCUACUGGUGGAUUUGGGAAUAGUCAAAUAUCCAACUUACAAGUGCAUAGUCUCACAACAAAUUUUCUCAUCUCGAGAUGACUUGCUUGGCUAUGAAGAGGCCAUUGAAGUGGCACAAAUAGUUGAUGAAGCUCUUGAUGAAAGCAACACUCGAUUGGUCUUAAAGUGCAUAAAGAUAGCUGAUUCCCAUUUAUCCAAUCCAGUGAAAUCCUUGACGUCUGAAGCAAUGGCUCCAUUCCUUGCCCACUUUUCAGCAACAUUUGUCUACUCAAAGGUGGUUUUACUAGGAAUUUCUUUUCUUGAGCGUGAGCGUAGGUAUGGGAUAGACACACUGAAUAGCUUGGUUUUUCGACUCAGGUACAGUGAUGCUAUCUAUUUACUGAAAAGGCUACUGAAUUGUUUUGCUCAAGAUCGUAGAAGAGGAUACUGGACACUACGGUUAUCCAUUGACUUGGAGCACAUGGGUUAUUUGAAUGAGAGCCUUUUGGUUGCUGAAAAAGGGUUACUAGAUGAAUGGGUGCGUGCUGGUUCAAGAGUGGCACUUCAAAGGAGAGUCCUUCGCUUGGGAAAACCACCAAGGCGAUGGAAAACUCCUAGUUUUGCAGAGUCUGUCAAGAGGAAUAUCAUGGAGGUCAAUGUUCAAGGGAGACCUUUAAAUUGUGCAAUAGGCAUGAAGAGCAGGUUUUAUGGAGAAGAUGGGGAGCAAUGUGGUGUAGAGCAACUAGCUCUGCAGUAUUAUGCUGAGGAAGGUGGAUGGCAGGGUGUUCAUACAGAAAGUGGCAUUUGGCUGACUAUUUUUGGACUUCUUAUGUGGGAUAUUAUAUUUUCCAGUGUACCAGAUGUCUUCCGCACCAAAUUUCAGACUGCUCCCUUGGAUUUGGAGACUGAUAGCUUUUAUCUAGUGAGAAAGAACCAUAUCGACUCUCACCUACAGAAAAUUCAUGAUGGUAUGGCUGAGGAGAUUCUCAUCUCUUCAUGGGACUUACAUGAGGGAACAGCAUGUAGAGGAGUUAACUGGAGGCGACAUUCCCUUCCUGAGCUUCGUGCAGCUGUUACAUGCAUCGGUGGCCCAUGUGUGGCUGCAUUCUGUCGACAUCUUGCACAAGAUUAUCGUAGUUGGUCAAGUGGAAUGCCGGAUUUACUUCUGUGGCGCUUCCAUGGAAAAUACAGAGGUGAAGCAAAGCUUGUCGAAGUUAAAGGCCCCAGGGAUAAACUCUCUGAACAGCAGCGAGCAUGGCUAUUGCUUUUAAUGGAUUGUGGUUUCAAUGCUGAGGUCUGUAAAGUGAGCCCUGUUGUCUGAAGCUUCUAGGCUGGUUUGUUUUUCAAUUGGAAGGAGAAUGACAUCGAUGAGGUAAGAAAGAAUAGCACUGAAGAAUUUACUAGGAUUAGAAGUGCAAUAUAGCAACUGGGUCUGCUCUUAAAUGUGUUUACCUGUCAAACUCCAGGGUUAUUAUUGGACAAUUCUAGGAUUGGCAAGUACUUGAUUGGCAAGCUUUCACCUUGAAGAUGGUUUCCUUGUGAUAGAAAC